AUGAAAUUUCUGGCUUUGUUACUAGCGCUCUUGUCCAGUGCUAUCGCGGAACGCCUCAAUGAUGAAUUCAUGUCCUUUGUCACUCUUCCUGAGGUCUAUGCGCCAAGAUUUGAGGUCCAAUAUCAUGGCCGCGAGCGCGUGGGCGCAGGGUAUUGGUUUGUUGCCCCGUAUGGAAAAAUGAUCCCCAAAGACCCGACAACAGGUCGCCGACCGUUUCAUGUUGGGCCGCAUAUAUACGACCAAAAUGGAACUCUGAUCUGGACCGGCUCCCAGAUGGUCGACAACCUUUGGGUUUACGAUUUUAAAGCCGUUCAUGAGACUGACGGUCGUUCACGCCUGUCGUUUAUUGUAUCAAAGAACAGAACUACUGCUCCUGGGCGCGCGAUGGUUCUAAACCAGAAUUACGAGGUCGAGUUUGAGACCAGUGGACCAGACGCGCUCGAAGAGUUCGAUAUUCACGAAUUCAAUAUACUCCCCGGAAGCAAAUCAGCUCUAGCCUGCGCGCAUUGGACGAAAGAGAUGAGCCUCGCGGACGUCGGGCGCCCUCAAGAACAGUCUUUCUUCAUCGCAUCUGGAUUCUGGGAGGUUGAUAUGUCCACUGGCGAUAUGCUGACUUGGUGGGACUCUUCAUUACCGGGGAAUAUUGCGAUUCAUGAAUCCGUCUAUUUCGGAAAUGAUACACUGCCGGAGGAACCCCCCGGGCACGAUUACUUGCACAUCAAUUCAGUUGACAAGCAAGUGGAUGGCAACUACCUGGUCUCCAUGCGUUUCACGAAUACGAUAUAUCUGAUAUCCGGUAACGAUGGCACUAUUUUGUGGCGAUUAGGAGGAAAUGAGACCGACUUCGAUCAGGAUUUCACUUUCUCUAAACAACACGACGCCAAAUUCUUGGAGUCGAAUGGAACCCAUCACGUCAUCUCCUUCCUGAACAAUGCUUCCGACGACCAGGAGAACGAAGAGCUCGUAUCUUCGGCUUUGAUUGUGGCGCUGGAGACUGGUGUUUCGCCGAAAACAGCAAGGGUUAUUGCCCGUUACAAUCGGCCGGACAAUGAGCUGGCUCGACUUCGAGGCAACGUUCAGCGACUUCCCAAUGGAAAUAUCUUCGUGGGCUGGAGUGAUAGUGGGUACCAUUCUGAAUUCUCACGUGAAGGAGAUGUUUUGAUGGAGGCAAGGUUUACUGCCGCUGAAUUGUUAACUUAUCGGGCAUAUAAGUUUGAGUUCGUCGGCCGACCAAACAUAUCGCCAGCUCUCAUAGCUUCAGUCAUUGAAGAUGGGGAACGUGGUUUGCUCACCACUAUUUAUGUCAGCUGGAAUGGCGCAACAGACAUCACAUCGUGGAAUUUCUACGCUCAGGAAGGAGAGAAUCACCAGCGCUAUCUUCUUGGGACUGUCAAAAAGACAGAAUUUGAGACCAGAUUCACGGCUAAAGGUUCUCUCGACUGGAUCUCAGCGGAGCCAGUGGACUACGAUGGCAACGUCUUAGGGAAAACUAGUGUACAUCGCACUGCAACCCCUUCUCACUGGGGCGAAACACAAGACGCUGAGACUACGACCUCUGAACAUCAGAUUGCGCAGACUGUUGGGGAACCGGGCAAGACCGCUGAGUCUGACAAUGUGUCCGAGAGCUUUCCAUUGCUCAUACCGAUCUUCGGUGCAUCGGUCGCAAUCCUGAUUGGAGUUUGUUGGUUGGCCACGCGACGGCGGUUCAGGCCUUUGAAACAUUUAUACCAACGUGUUCCUGCAAGUGAAAGAGGAGACACUGAGCUGCUUGAAUUUCAAUAG